AUGAACGACCAGCGGUUGGCUCCGGCUUUCCGAAAGAAUGACUCGGCACGAUUAGGUGCAGCGAUCGCCUUUCAACAAUCCCGCCCACCAUCCAAUGUGAAAUUCCAAUCGUCCGCUGCCACUGCAGCUGUCUUCGCCAGCCGAAUGAAUCGUCAUGAGACUCAGAGAGAUGAGUCUGAGGGCCCAGAAAUCGGGUCUGUGAAGGACAAGAUUGAAAGGUUUGGGAGUAACUCCCUUGCUCCCCCGACCUUCCCGAGCACCCAGGGACGAUCACGAACACCCUCAUUAUCGAGAUCGCCAGCUCCGAAGUCACCAGCACGAAGUCCAGGCCCAGAAAAAGUCGCUGCACAUUUAGCGGCUGCCCGUCUCGCGGCAGAAAAAUCCCCGGGGCGAAAACAGGAGCCGCCAAUCGAUGCUGCCCGAAUUGGUGCCGUCCGCAGUGCGAGCAGAGCACAAUCCCAACAACCUCAACCACAACCGCGGUCGACACCAGUUCGUCAUGAGCUACGCUCUCCUCUUCCAGUUCGGCCAACCCUCCCGGCUGAUAAUUCGGUAGAUCGAAUGAUCAAUAAUGCCAUCGACCAAGAUCCUAGCAAUGGACGGCCUCCGUCCGUCCGAUCUCACACUGGCACUGUGCGCAGCCAGGCAACAAGUCCUCAACCCUCCGUCUCCUCUCGAAUAUCUAUAGUACUUCCAGAUGAAGUGAAGCCAAAAAUCCCCCCACUUCCCUCGCGAUCUACGGCCUCUUCUCGGGCUUCAAUACCAAAAACGCUUCAUACACCGAGCCCGUUACGACCGACACCAAGCAUGGUAUCGAUAUCGGGUUUAUCACACAACAGCAGCUCCAGUGGCCAAGAUGAAACAGGUGUGAUGAAUGAGGAGGCUCUAUCCAAUGCCAUUGUCGCCUCUUCCCUAGCAUCCGCUCGCGCCUCCCCCAUGCCAAAGGCUCCCCCUCCGCCCCCACGCCGACGUCGGGCUCGGUCGCUUCUCGCAUUGACACAUUCGCCCAAGAGUGACCUAUCAAGAACUCCAAGUCCACCAAAAGGUAUGCCUAUGACUCUACGCGGCAUACCCAAGGACGGCGAAGCCGACCCUAACCGGCGACAUAAAAAGCAUCUUCUCCAUAAACACCCCCACAAGCACCACGAAGGAGAUCGAAAACGAUGGCGACGGGAAGUGACGGAAAAGGAGCGCAAGCGCUACGAAGGUGUUUGGGCCUCCAAUAAGGGGCUACUCAUUCCACCUGAACUCAAGCUGAGUGGGACCGAGAAAUGGCCUCCACCCUCGGAGAUGGUGUUGAACCUUGUGGUGCGGGAGAUCUGGUCCCGCAGCCGUCUGCCAUCCGCGGUGCUGGAACAAGUGUGGACCCUUGUAGAUCAUCAGAAAAUCGGACUUUUGACAAAAGAUGAAUUUGUCGUGGGAAUGUGGUUGAUUGAUCAACAAUUAAAGGGACGUAAACUACCAGUCAAUGUUCCGGAUAGUGUUUGGGAUAGUGUACGGUAUGUGACGGGCAUCAAGCUCUCGUCUAUUGGAAAGGGCUAG